AAAUCAGUUGGCAUUCUUGAUGGAGAUGCUUGCUUUUGAUUGGUAGAUGGUGUAUUGAAUUUUUUCCUUGCAUUUCCUUCCUUCGUCAACUCCUCGGUCGUCCAUUUUGUAUUCAAUUUGUGAAGGUGAGGAGUGGUGUCGCGUCAUCCAUUGUGGUGGUGUUAUCGGUUGUGUAGCUGUGCAGAGUGCGUAUGAUCGGCUCUGGAAGAGACCGAAUUACUGUAAGAAUACAGAAUAUGAAGAGGAGUAGUGAUCGGGACACACCUCCACGUAGCAAAAGAUCUCGUUCAAGCAUGGGCCGCUACGACGAUAGUUCCGACGAAAGAAUCACUCCGGAGCGUAUACGACGUCGCCGCAGUCGUACCCCCAGUCCGAGACCACGGUAUAUUUCGCCCCAUCGUGACGAAUAUCUCCGACCUCCCGAACGGUAUCCUUACAAAGUGUUGUGCGUCAGUGCACUGCAUCCUAAAGCGAGUGACGAGCUUAUUAAAGACACCCUGUAUAGAGAGUAUAAGAAGUACGGUGAUUUAAGUAUUCGAAUUUCUCACGAGUUAGACGAGCGGGUAGCUUAUGUUUGUUUUCGUAGUCCCGAGGACGCACGUGAUGCUAAGCAUGGUAAACCUCGUAUAAUUAUUUACGAUAAAGUAGCUCUCGUGGAAGUGGCUUACGAAGUUGCUCGUCCUGCCGCUGAAAUGUAUCGAGGUAGACCUCGAUCUAUUAGUCCCGAAUAUGAUCGUCAUUAUUAUGCCAGAUCACCUGGCCCGGAGCGUUUACGUUCAAUUGACCGGUAUGAACGUGUGUACGGUCCUCCGCCCGGUGUACCCGUACAUCGAGAUCCUUACAGGCGAGAGGCAUUGCCUGCACCCCAUCACGAGUACUUAUCACGUCAGCCCGUACACCACGGCCCCCCACAUCUGCCACCCGGACACGCGUACGGCCCACCAAGGCAUACAGUUCCUCGUCCCCCAUUCGAAAAAGCCGAAAACAAAAAAGAUAAGUUCCCCAACUAUUUACAUCAUAUCUCCCCCGAAGAUGAUCCUCUCUCUACCAGAACGCUGUUUGCCGGUAAUCUAGAGAUCAAUAUAACCGAAGAAGAAUUACGCCGAAUUUUCGGCCGGUACGGUGUCGUCGAAGACAUCGACAUCAAAAGGCCGCCGCCGGGAACCGGCAACGCGUUUGCGUUUGUACGAUUUCAAACCUUGGACAUGGCGCAUCGCGCUAAAGUCGAGCUUUCUGGGCAGUACAUCGGAAAAUUCCAAUGUAAAAUCGGAUACGGAAAAGUCACGCCCACCACUCGCAUUUGGGUCGGCGGUUUGGGGCCGUGGACUUCGGUUCCGCAGUUGGAGCGCGAAUUUGACAGGUUCGGUGCGAUUAAAAAGAUCGAUUACACGAAGGGGGAUACUCAGGCUUAUAUUUUGUACGACAGCAUCGACGCCGCGACCGCGGCGGUAAAGGAAAUGCGAGGGUUCCCGCUGGGUGGCCCGGAACGGCGUUUACGCACGGAUUUUUCGGAUGUCAAUCCGCCGUUACCGUACCAUCGGCCGAAGCAAGUGUAUCCGCCGCAUGAUGAAGUGGUGGAGUACAGACGGGGUGUCGAAUAUGAGUACGACGUGUACGAGGGCGAAGCCGGCUAUCCCAGAGGAUAUAGAGGUAGGCCGGUUUACGCCGAGCGAAGGGGCGGCAGUCGAGGGCCCUAUAGGUACCCGGAAGACGAGUGGAAUAGACCGGUUGGUGAUCCCGAAUACGAGAGGCGGCGGUCUGGAUCGCGAGGUGCCGACAGAUCACGGUCACGUUCUCCCCGCCGGUCGCCCGACUCCGAUUCGGACAGCGGCUCGCGUAGAGCCGGUUUACUCGCUUCAAGUCGUACACUGCCCGAAGUGGCACGAAAAUGUUCGACGAUUUGGCAAGGGGCUUUAAUACUCAAGAAUUCGCUUUUCCCCGCCAAGUUCCAUUUAAUAGAUGGCGAUACGGAUAUCGUCGACGGCUUAAUGAAGGACGAAGAUGGCAAGCAUCAAUUGCGAAUUACGCAACGACUGAGAUUAGAUCAACCGAAAUUGGAGGACGUGCAAAAACGGAUUUCUAGUGCUUCGUCUCACGCGAUAUUUUUAGGUUUGGCCGGAUCGACGGCUUCGGUCACUAACGACGACAGUAGUGUUCAAACCAGACCACUCAGAAAUCUGGUCUCGUAUUUAAAACAGAAGGAAGCCGCAGGUGUAAUAUCACUGCUUAACAAAGAAACCGAAGCAACGGGAGUAUUAUAUUCUUUCCCUCCUUGUCCCUUCUCCACGGAACUAAUAAAACGUUCCUGUCCCAACUUACCCGACGAAGCUAUGAAGGAAGACCACUUGAUUAUAGUUGUGGUACGUGGUGGCACUGCCUAAACCUAUCUUUUCCUUUUAUUUUUCUUUGGCCACACGUAUGGUAUACACAGUAGGCGAUUUUUAGAUUAUUUUUGAUUUCCAAUUUUAUUUUUUUAUCUUUUUUUAAGUAGAGAGACAAGCUAUUAACUCGAUAGUAGGUCAUCUUAUCAUAGUCUUAACGUACCUAGUAAGUAAAAUCUAACAUUUUUUGAGUUAUUUCAGGAGAUUGGUGAGCAACGCUAAGUCACUUUAUUCAUGAAUUUGUGAUCAUGUUUAUAUUUGAAGAAUCUUGUGCAGUUCUUGACUCAAACUUGUACCUACUGGUUUAUUGUUAGUGAGCAGUGUAGUGCUGCAGUUCUUUCCCAUUUUUUUUUUGUUUUUCCUGUUCGGUGAUGUGAAAUUGGGUUCUCAACUUUUAUUGCCUGAAAUUGCGUGUGACGCUUUCUAAGAAUAUGUGAAAGAACUGUACUUACAUUUGUUUUAUAAACAAAAAGGUGUAAGAGUAGUGUUUUAUCGAAUGUGACCAGGAAAAUUUGAACAUUUCAGUGAAUUAUUCACAGUUCUCAUUUUGUUAAUGAACUAGCCUCUCUGCUCGUGUUUAUUUAUAGUGCUUGUGAAACUAUAUAAAUUCAUCAUUAUGUAUUUCUCAUUAAUAAAAACUGUGCUGGUGUUGUGCUUCCAAUUUUUUUUUCUGAUUGAAAGCAGUGAUGCUUGGUAAGUUUUGUGAAAACUUGUUUAAAAAACUCAUUUUUUUUCAGUAAAUUCCAGAUAUGGUUCUGGGAAUACAUCGUAAACAUGUCAAAGAUCUUCAAAAUUUAAUUGUACAACAUUGUAUUUUCCUGGGUAUGAUUUCUGUGAUAUUUUCUCUCAUUGAAUGUGCUUAAUUUAUGUAGGCAUAUUACCAAAUCAUUUGGUACUGUCACUAAGAACUGUUGAUCAAUUUACAUGUGACAGUAAAAUGUUACAAUUUGUGUUUGUGACAAAUUACAUUUAGUAAUUAAGCACUUUUGUUAUGAAUUGUGUAAUGAUUAUUAAAUCCUCCAGGUUUUUCUAUAAAUUUUGUAAAGAAAUUAAAAGUAAUUAUUCAUUAGCCAAGCCUGGGAGAAUUGACAAGUAGAAAAAUUCUCCAAACUCGUAAUUAGCGAAUUUGCAUUUAACAAACGGGAAAAUCUGGAAGUUGUCAUGGAAUUUUAUGAGAAAUGCACCAUUGCCGUUUAUCUGGGCAUACCUAAACGUCCAAAAAAACCCGAAUUACCGGUUCUAUUUAUGCAAUUGUUUUGCUUGUAAAACUGGCCUACUUGAACAGUGUAUGGGUUCAUUGCGUAAGUUGUUUUAGUUUCAGGGAAAUGACAUUUGUUUUGAUUCAGUUAUAAAUUAGCCCAGUACUUUUAGGAUAAAAAGUGUAUAGUAAGAGCUGAAAAUUUGAAGAUCAACUGUUUAAAAGUAACAAACCCUGAAAAGUCUCAACUUCUCAUUUAAGCUUCCAUCCAAAAUGGUGGAUCAAAGACCUAACCAUUAUUAGCCUUGUUUGAUGUUUUUAACUAUUGUUUACAUGAAAGUUAAUAUUUGCUUCUUAAAAUCGUCUUUUCUACAUAAAUUCAAUGCUUAUGUAUAAUUAAAUUACUUAGUCCAAUGAAACAGUUGCCGAACUUUUGUCAAAUUGCGGUACAUAUUCUUAAUUGGCUUUAGACUCUGAAUCUAUCAACACCUAAGAGAUGCUAUUCAUGAACUUAUAGUAGGUACCCAUAAUGGAAGCAAGUUU